AUGAUGAUAAGGAAAGAUAUGAAUGUUGUGGAAGUAAAUACUGGUAAAAUGUAUUUUAGACCUAGUCUCCUUGCCUUAUUGGAUCCUCAACUGGUUGUAGGUUUCCAAGAUUGGAGUUGCAUUUCUGGUGGACCACUCAAUAAUUCAUUUCCCAUAAAUGAUUGUCUUGAAAAGUUUGAAAAUGAUCCUCCUGUAGGAAUUUCUCCUUCUAGUGUAUUGAAAGACACGUUAAAAUACGUCAGAUACAAGAUUUACUGUAAAGACUUUGGAAUCACUCUAGAAAGGCUAUUAUUUGACAAAUCAAAGAAUUCCAAGCUCAUGAGCUCACCAGAUGAUGAAGGAAUAGGUCCUAGAAACCUGUUACUUGACAAUGAGAGAGAAGCUAAAUCUAUGAGGUCCCCAACGGUAAGUGGGAUAUCACCUGAUAAGUUAUUCCCUGACAAACCAAUCUCUCUCACCACUUUCAAAUUUACAGCAUUUAAUGAGAAUGAGCCAGCUAAGCUAAGACUUCUCAGAUAUAUAAGGCUACCCAAGCAUUCAAGCAUGGAUCCAAAGAGCUCAUUACCUGUAGUUUUCCUCAAGCUAGAUCCGCUACAGGUUUCUUCAAUUGCCAAACGUAUCAGGAACAUAGACAAAGAAUAUGAGCAGCUGCUGAAGAUUGGGAAGCCAGAGGCCAAUGGUGGAUGGAAGAUGGCCAGAGAGGCUAUUGAUGGCAAGUGCAAUGAGUUACGUUGUUGA